UCAGAUUAGCACAUUAAGUUUGGGGCAGGAGGAUAAAGUUACAGCGACUCUAAACGUCAACACUUAACACAGAGUCACUGCUGUCUGUGAGAAAAUGAGCAGCGGUGGCGCCCGACGGAGGACUGCAUCAGUGCCGGACUCAGACCCCGACAGUGAACCAGUGGUUACCCUGAAGAAAGAGAUCGGACUCCUCAGUGCAUGUGGGAUCGUUGUGGGUAACAUCAUUGGGUCUGGGAUAUUUGUCAGUCCAAAGGGUGUUUUGGAAAACUCUGGUUCUGUGGGUCUGGCUCUCAUAGUGUGGAUCCUCACAGGCGUCAUCACUGCCAUCGGUGCUCUGUGCUAUGCUGAACUAGGAGUCACAAUCCCAAAGUCAGGUGGAGAUUAUUCCUACGUUAAUGACAUCUUUGGAGGGCUUGCUGGGUUUCUGAGGCUGUGGAUUGCAGUGUUGGUCAUCUAUCCAACUAACCAGGCUGUGAUUGCCCUCACGUUUGCCAAUUACGCAUUGCAGCCCCUCUUCCCGUCCUGCUUUCCUCCGGAGAGAGCUCUGGGUUUACUGGCCGCUGUCUGUCUGUUGCUGUUAACUUGGAUUAACUGCUCCAGUGUACGCUGGGCAACGCGUGUUCAGGAUGUUUUCACCACAGGCAAGCUCCUCGCCCUCGGUCUCAUCAUCAUUAUGGGCAUUGUGCAAAUCUGCAAAGGUCAUUUUUAUUGGUUGGAGCCGGAGCAUGCAUUUCACCCUCUCCAACCGUAUGACAUGGGCCGCAUUGCACUUGCUGUCCUGCAGGGCUCCUUUGCUUAUGCAGGCUGGAACUUCCUUAAUUAUGUAACAGAGGAGCUGAUCGACCCCUACAGGAACCUUCCUCGUGCGAUCUUCAUCUCAAUCCCUCUGGUCACGUUCGUCUAUGUAUCUGCAAAUAUUGCAUACGUUACAGCAAUGACCCCUCAGGAGUUACUGGCCUCCAAUGCUGUAGCUGUGACAUUUGGUGAAAAGCUGCUUGGCGUAAUGUCAUGGCUCAUGCCCAUCUCUGUGGCUCUGUCCACCUUCGGAGGGGUGAAUGGAUCCCUUUUCACAUCAUCUAGGUUAUUUUUUGCAGGUGCGAGGGAGGGUCAUCUUCCCCGUCUGCUGGCAAUGAUUCAUGUGAACCGCUGUACACCCAUCCCAGCUUUGCUCAUCACCUGUAUAUCUGCUCUGCUGAUGUUGUGUGUCAGUGACAUAUACACCCUCAUCAACUAUGUUGGCUUCAUCAACUACCUGUUUUAUGGGGUCACUGUUGCCGGGCAGAUUGUGCUUCGCAUCAGAGAACCAGACAUAUAUCGGCCAAUCAAAGUGAGCUUGGCAUGGCCGGCGGUUUUCCUGAUUUUCUGGGCCUUCCUGCUGAUCUUCUCUCUGUACUCGGAGCCUGUGGUGUGUUGUAUUGGUCUGGCCAUCAUGCUAUCUGGGGUUCCUGUGUAUCUGUUUGGUGUCUAUUGGGAAAAUAAGCCCAAGAGCUUCAGUUCUUUUGUUGCCAGACUGACACACUUGGGGCAGAAGUUGUGCCUGGUGGUUUACCCUGGCGAGGACAGAGAAGAUGGAAAUGAAGACAAAGAGGAAGAUGGAUAGGAUUACAGCAGGAAGUAAAUUUUAUGGUUAUAUUGAUGGGUAUUCAUACACCAACUUAAGUAAUAUAAUUCUUCAUAGGUUUUGAAACUGCAAACAUGCUUACAGUGCA